UCAACAUCGAUUGGCCAAUUAACCGGCGUCCUUUGUCGGACAUCGUACCUCGAUUGCAUUCGAGAGAUCAAUCGUUAUCUUUUCUCGAAAGAUACUCGUAGAAAAAUAUGCAAUUGAAUGAUAUAAAUAAAACGAUUUCGCUUGUUGAAAAAUUGUUGAAACAUUGAAUGCUGCAACAAGCAUUUUGCGGAGAAAUCAAAAGUAAUUGAACAAAUAAAAGACUGGAGGCUGAUUUCGAAUCCGAUUUUCAAUCGAAAGUUACGCGAGUGACGAGAAAAUUUCUCGAUGGUUCUUCGUGGUUUGCUGGCACCAGCGGCGGCGCGAUGGACACGAAAUAAAACAAGGGGUCAAGAGAAGCAGGCUGCUGGACAGUUAGGAUUAUCACGUUAUGGACCGCAGGUGAUGAGUGUAUUGUGUUUAUGCACCACAGUACAUCAGACCAGUCAGAACAACAAUCAAGCAAGCAAAAUACUUUCAAACACAUCAUCAAUCUCAUCUGAAGAAGAAAAUAUAAACUCGUUGCAGGAAAUACCCACCGACGAACUGGCUCUAUUAGCUAAGCUGGAGGAAGCCAAUAGGCUUAUCGAAUCGGAUGCAAAAUCGUUGAAUUCGCUCCAAAGCAAUCACAGUAGGAAAGGUUCUGACACAUCUCAAGUAUCUGUGGCGUCGGGGGGCAGCGGAGGAAAUAGCGAUGCUGCACCCCGACGCCACAAUUCAGCUGAUGGUGAAGAGAACACAUGGUCUCUAUGGGGUCACAUCGUCGCUGAUUGGGAUUAUCAUUGGAAGAAGAGGAAAGAAUUCGUCAAAGAAUUAGUACGUCAAGGAAUACCUCAUCAUUUUAGAGGUAUUGUUUGGCAGUUAUUAAGUGGUGCUCAUGACUCUCCUGUGAAAAAACAAUUCGCUGAGUAUAUCAAGGCCACGUCCGCAUGCGAAAGGAUAAUUAGAAGGGAUAUAGCCAGAACGUAUCCUGAGCAUGAUUUUUUUAAGGAAAAAGAUGGGCUUGGCCAGGAAAGUUUAUUUAACGUUAUGAAAGCGUAUAGUCUUCAUGAUCGUGAAGUGGGAUACUGUCAAGGUUCGGGAUUUAUUGUAGGAUUACUUCUUAUGCAGCAAAUGCCAGAAGAAGAAGCUUUCGCUGUACUGGUAGCGCUUAUGCAAGAGUAUCGUUUGCGAGACAUGUUCAAACCGAGUAUGGCUGAAUUAGGGGUGUGCAUGUAUCAGCUAGAACAUUUAGUUGCUGACACGCAUCCCGAGUUACACGCUCAUUUUGCGGCUCAAGGUUUUCAUACAUCGAUGUACGCAUCGUCUUGGUUUCUUACGCUUUUUACUACAACGCUCAGUCUAUCGCUGGCCUGCCGCAUUUUUGACGUGUUUCUAUCUGAAGGCAUGGAAAUUAUUUUCAAAGUUGCACUGGCCAUGUUACAUUUAGGCAAAGAAGAUUUAUUAAGCUUGGACAUGGAAGGCAUGUUGAAGUUCUUUCAGAAACAAUUACCUGGAAGAGCAGAGAAAGAUCCUGAUGGCCUCAUGAAUCUUGCUUAUAGUAUGAAAAUAAAUUCAAAAAGAAUGAAGAAACUUGAGAAAGAUUAUACCGUGUUGAAAAUGAAAGAGCAAGAAGAGAUGAUUGAGCUUCGUAGACUUAGAGCCGAGAAUAGAUUACUUAGACAAAGAACUGAACUUCUGGAAGCUGAAUCUGCAGAAUUGGCAGAUAGAUUAGUCAGGGGUCAAGUUUCCCGAGCAGAAGAGGAAGAAACUGCUUUCGUUGUACAAAGAGAAUUAGCAGCUCUUCGACACACUCAUCUUGAAACCAGUCAUCAACUUGAACAAGCUCAUGAAGAAUUGAGAUCAUUGUCGCUUCUGCUAGAAGAAAAUGUGACAUCAAAGCAAUCCUCUUUGGAUGAAAUUUUAUUAAAACAGGAAGCAUUGUCGCAAAAAGAAGAAAUGAUACAAUGUUUACAAGAAGAAUUAGUAAAGGUUCGAUUAUAUGAGGCAGAGAAUGAAGCAACGAUAAGAGAACUUAGAGCAAGAAUACAAGAAUUAGAAGAAGAUAAAAAAACAUUACGAGAAACAACACCAGAUAAUUCUGUUGCUCAUUUACAAGAAGAAUUAAUUGCAGUGAAACUAAGAGAAGCAGAGGCUAAUCUUUCUUUAAAGGAUCUUCGGCAAAGAGUAAUGGAAUUAAGCAGUGCCUGGCAAAGGCAUUUGCAAGAACAUCGUUCCGCCCAAACACAACCCGCAAGUGAUUCUACGCCGAAGAAACUUCUAUUUUGGGAGAAUCGGGGACAUGAAGUGCAAAAAUAUGAAGAAGAUUUAAUGACAACCAGAAUUCGAGAAAUGGAAGCUUUAACCGAGGUGAAGGAGCUUAGACUUAAAGUCAUGGAGCUUGAGACUCAAGUGCAAGUUGCUACGAAUCAACUACGUCGACAAGACGAAGGUGGAAAAUUCAUUAAGGAUGAAUUAGAAGCUGCCUUAUCAAGAGAGAAAGAACUCACUACUAAAUUACGAGAGCAACAACAUAAAUAUUCUGAUUUAGAAUCAAAGAUGAAGGAUGAAGCUAUGAUGGCUAGGAUACGUGAUGCAGAGCAUGCGCAGCAAGUAGCAGAACUUACGCAAAAAAUAUCUCUCCUUGAGUUAAAAAAUGAAGAGAUGCAUGCGGAAGGUGAACUUAGAAAUAAUUUGGAUGACAGUGAAAGAGUCAGAGAAUUGCAAGAUAAAGUUGCAGAAUUAAAAGCUGAGGUCAUGAGGCUAGAAAGUUGGAAACAACGUUGGACAGGUCAUGGUGGACAAAAUGUAAGAAGUUUCAGUGUUGACACUGAAAGUGAAUUGGACGAGCGGGAUCUCAGAAUUUGUUUACAGGAUCAUAUCAAUGCGUCUACACAGAAUUCACCAGAGAUUAAUGAAAGUGAAAGUGAAACCGAACGAGAUAAUCGGGAGUACUCUUGUAAAACUUAAAUAGCCCGGAUAACUCGUUCCUUAUAACGACUUCCUAGGAUGUGAUAAUUACUUCCAACGUAAGUAAUUGCGCAGAUCAGAACGUCAAAGUGCUUUUUUUUUUCACUUUUCAGUUUUUUUUUUAGCUUGAUCAAACCCUUAACGAUCCAUUCUUGUUCCUGAAAUGAUCAUAUGUUUUGAGACGGUUUAAAGAGUUAAAAGUAAAUGAUUUGGGAUUUAUUUAUUUUUAAGAUAAAAGCUAAUUGAUAUCAAAAUGAUCAUUUUUAUCAUGUAAUAAAUUGCAAUGAAUAUCAUGUGAUAAAUAAUUUUAUCACUAGUUUUUUUUUUAUUUCUUUCAUUCUGUCUAAUGGAAGAGUAUUUGUUUAUACUCAUUAGCAUAUCUUUACAAGAUUAUUGAUAAAAAAAUAUAUUGAAAAGUGUUUCU